AUUACUAAUCAGUCAAUCCGAAUUAAACGCUUCGAUUUAAUAAAUAAAAAUUUGAUAUUUUGUAAUUUAUAUGUUGGUGGGUGGAUCAGGUUGAAUUGAGCAAACUAAACUGAGUGAUGUCAAAUUGUCAAAAUUACCAUAAUUGUUGAAGUUCGUCAUUGAUAAUAUGAUAUUCUUUUCUAGUUAGUUUAUUAAAAUAAUUGUAUAUUUCAUAUAAUAUAUAAACUGGAAUAUUUUAUUUGUGCUUAAGUAAAAUUGUUGUGGUGAUAAGUAUUUAUUAAAGCGGAGUUUUGUUAAACUAAGAAAAUGGCAGAAGGUGGUUUCCCCGGGCAACAUACGACCACCACUACGGUGACAUCAAGCACCACUGUUCAGACAAACAUACGAUUCGAUCCAUCUUACGUGAGGACUAUACCGGGAAUCCUUAAAGUUGUACAAGUGGUGUGCAGUCUUAUAGGAUUCAUAUGUAUUCAGUGUUCGUACCUGAACACCGCUAGCAAGGGCGUGUACUUCAGCUGGAUCUCCAUGAUCGCGUUCUGGUUUACCGGCAUCCUGCUCGGGUUCUACCUGUUCCACAUCGUGGAGAAGUUCUACAAGAUACCCUGGCUGAAGAUCGAAUUCGUGUUCACGGCUCUCUGGACCGUGCUGUAUCUGAUAGCGGGCAUACUCGCCGUCACCGUGCACGACAAUUCACAUUCCGCUGCAGCGUUCUUCGGGUUCACGGCGACGCUGGCGUACGCGCUGGACGCGUUCCUGAAGUGGCGCGGCGUGCGCGCGGGCGGGCUGGCGCAGGGCUCGCGCGUCGUGUCCAAGCAGACCACCUCCGUGGCGCCGCCGCGCGAGGGCUACUAGGGGCUGCACCCGGGGGGGGGGGGGCUAGUAAUAGAGGCCUCGAGUACUUAAUGUUAAUAUAUAACCAAUGUUUUUUUUUUCCGGUAAGCGAUGACAAAACGUUACUAUGUUUCAAAAAAUCUUGAUAAAUACUACUGUGCCUUUAUAGGAGCCUUAUAAAAUUAAAAGCAGCCUGAUCGCACUAAUUUCUUAGUGCGUGUCUUCUAUAGUUAGUAAAACUUAUAAAGGGCUGAUUUAAAAAUCUUUCUUAUAUAAUUGUACACCGCACUAAAUACCAUUAUUUGAUAUGUUAACAUGUCCCACCUAUGUAUGUCGUACAAUAUUGUUUGUAAAACACUUUGUUUUUGAUGAUUUUACUCUUAAAAUGUCAUUUUCAAUAACACUUUACCGUAAGUAACACUACUAAGCAUAAGAAUAAUACUGUAUGUUUUAUAAAAAUAUUUCUACUUUCACAAGUAUACCUUAUAUGUAUUAUAUUUCAUGAACAGACAUAUAAAAAAAGUUUUAUAUAAAGAUAUAAAUAAAAAAAAUAUAUGAAUGUAGAGCUAUAAUUGGCUCUACAUACUACAUAUUUAAUACCGAUGAUUUUAAAAAUCCAUAAAUAUACCAAGAUAGAAUGCUCAAAGGUCACUAGGUCUCACAUUCUUAGAUGAUAUCGAUACUCCGUUACAUUUAUCGAUACGAUCGAUAACUUAUCGUGGCAACAAGUGAAGUGAUCCAUUCGCCAUCAUGUAUAAAGGUAAGCCAAUAAUGAAAUGAUAAAUAUAAUACCUUUUGUUUAUGAAAUUGAAUACUUUUAUCUCGCUGGAAAGACGCAUAUACACGUUUCUCCCACUUGAAGGGGGUAUGUGGAUGUUUGUGUGUGAAGGGCUCCCCGGGGGGCUUAUAAGGGACUAGACUACACCAAACAGCCUACCUAUUCAAUAUGUCUCAACUUUACAGCGUUUCUUUAGUCUAUAGUUCAGGACAAUACAAUAGUAUAGAUUACUGUUAAUAUAACUUUUUUAAAGAGUAUCUGCUGUUUCUGGUUAAGCCUUCUAAAUAGUACAUUAAUAGCAUAUCUUUUGUAUGCCUUGGCUCCUCCCACUUUUCCGAUGAUAUUUCUAUCUUGAUAUAUUUCCGGUGUUUGGGACACUAAUAAUAAAAAUGAUGCUUUUAAACCGUCUAUACUUUAUAAGUAGUCUUUUUAACGCGUUUACUUAAUAUCUAAGUUUGUAUUAUUGCUUUAAUUAUUAUUUAAUGGAGCACUAAUUACCUCAUUAAUGUUUUUUUUUUAUAUUGAACUACAUAAUAUUUAUAUUGUAUUUUUUGUUUUUUUUUUUUUUUAAUAGCACCAAAGAAUUGAGAUUUUGACAGGGUAGGAGCUCAUUUUUUUUUUUAAUAAACAUGACACUUAACGUGAUGUA